AUGACGGGUCAAGCACAGGGCAAGCCCCGGGAGAAGACAGUGAAGUCAUUCUAUAAGCAAGAGUACACUUUGCUCCAGAAAGAUGUGAAUUGGCCUCUUGGUUGGCCUGUUGGAGGCUACCCUGGUCCCCAGGGUCCGUACUACUGUGCCGUAGGAGCAGACAAAUCAUUUGGCCGUGACAUAUCAGAUGCUCACUACAAGGCAUGCCUUUACGCUGGAAUUAACAUUAGUGGAACAAACGGGGAGGUCAUGCCUGGUCAGUGGGAGUACCAAGUUGGACCUAGUGUUGGUAUUGAAGCAGGAGAUAACAUAUGGAUUUCGAGAUACAUUCUCGAGAGAAUCACAGAGCAAGCUGGGGUUGUCCUUCCCCUUGAUCCAAAACCAAUUCAGCCAUAUUGUAUUGGUGACAGGGUGACUGGAACGGAGCUGGCUGCCACACAAAUUACAGGGUGUGGCUGCUCUGUUCGUGUGGGGCGAGAUACCGAGGCAAAAGGGAAAGGUUACCUGGAAGACCGUCGGCCGGCAUCAAACAUGGACCCAUACAUUGUGACCGGGCUACUGGCUGAGACCACAAUUCUCUGGCAGCCAACCCUUGAAGCGGAGGUUCUUGCCACCAAGAAGCUGGCGCUGAAGGUAUGA